AUGGCGCCCGCGGCAGCUGCCAGCUGCCAAGAUGGCGGCGCGGGGCCGCGCCCCGCGCUCCCGAGCUCUCCUCCUCAAGCUUUCCUCCGGCAAGGAGCGCGACUCGCGUCGCUGUACGCCGGUUGCCCUUCGGCCUGGGUGGUGCGGCCGCUGCCCGCCGCGCACCAUGCGGCUCCUUGGCUGGUGGCAGGUACUGCUGUGGGUGCUGGGGCCUCCCGCCCGCGGCCAGGAGGUUGCAGAGAAAAGAGGUCACUUAUGGUCAGAGGAGCAGCCUGCUUACCCAUUCCAGGUGGGGGCUGGGUACAUGAGUGAGGAGGUGCCUUCCCGUGACCCAGUGGGCCAGGACCUGGCUGCAGAAGAGGCCGAGGCAGUGCUGGGGCUGGACGCUGAUGGUGAACACAUGGUAAUGUUGUCUGUGAUUCCUGGGGAAGCCGAGGACAAACUGAGCCCAGAGCCCAGCAGCGGCACCUGCGGGGCUGGAGGGGAGGAGGACUCGAGGUGCAACCCCCGGGAGAGCCUCUUCUCUCUGGACAGCGCUGGAGCCAGCUUCCCGGAGAGAGAAGAGGAGUACUACGCAGAGCCUGAAGUGGUGGAGUCUGACCCCCCGCCGACAGAGGGUGCCAACACCACCGAAAGUCUGAAAUCCCCGAAGGUGAACUGCGAGGAGAGAAAUGUGACAGGAUUAGAAAAUUUCACUCUGAAAAUUUUAAAUAUGUCACAGGACCUUAUGGAUUUUCUCAACCCAAACGGUAGUGACUGCACUCUAGUCCUGUUUUACACCCCUUGGUGCCGAUUUUCUGCCAGUUUGGCCCCUCAUUUUAACUCUCUGCCCCGGGCGUUUCCAGCUCUUCACUUUUUGGCACUGGAUGCAUCUCAGCACAGCAGCCUUUCUACGAGGUUUGGCACUGUAGCUGUUCCUAACAUCUUGUUAUUUCAAGGGGCUAAACCAAUGGCUAGAUUUAAUCAUACAGACCGAACAUUGGAAACGCUGAAAAUCUUCAUUUUUAACCAGACAGGUAUAGAAGCCAAGAAAAAUGUGGUGGUAACUCAAGCUGACCAAAUAGGUCCUCUUCCCAGCACUCUGAUAAAAAAUGUAGACUGGUUGCUUGUAUUUUCCUUAUUCUUUUUAAUUAGUUUUAUUAUGUAUGCUACCGUUCGAACUGAGAGUAUUCGAUGGCUAAUUCCAGGACAAGAGCAGGAACAUGCGGAGUAGUGAUAGACUCAAAGGAGAGUUGGAAAGAAGAAUUUCAAUCCUUCAUUUCAGAAAUUAACGCUGCAAUUUCAUACAUUUUCUCCAGCGAAGCGCUGACUUACAACUUCAGUCAGAUUGAAAGAAUCAUGUGUUUGUUGAACUGUUGAAUGUGUAAAAAAUUAUAAACUGGUGUUUCUAACUAGUAUUGUAAUAAGCAAAUGCAAAAAUAUUCCAUAACAUUCAGUAAAAAUUCUUGUUUUUACUACUUGAACAUUACCCAGUACUUAAGGGAGUAAUCCAGUUUGACAUGUGAAGAUGUAUUUUGGUGGAAUAGUGAGUAGAAUGACAGUAUGCUUACUAUAUAGAGGCAGAAAUAGGACUUUCAGGUUAUAGUUUUAGAAAACUCUUGAUUUCUUGUAUAUGUCUGAGAAAGUUGGUUUUCUGUUCAUUUGCCAUUCCUCUCCCAGAGUCAGUAAGCAGGAAAGUGUUCUUUUAUGGGAAGAAUAAUUAGGAUCGAUAAGUGUGCCCUUUCAGGUAGCAACCAAUGGGAAAAUAAAGUCAAAUACCUUGGUGUUCAAGAUCUCUGA